CUGACAAGGAAGGAGAAGGAGAUUGAGUGAAGAUAUUCCCUCGGCUGGCCACUCACGUUGCCCACGUGUGUCUUGGCGAUCCUGUCUCAUGGAACCUUUGCGCGACCCCAAGUCUUUGAUCGGCCGGGGCCGUUGUCAAAAUAAAGAGGGCGACGGGCCUAUUUUCUGAUGAUGAUGAAUUGUUCACCUUUUCUUUGUGCGUAGGUCAACAUCAUGAAGUCGUCAAUUACUCUGGGUGCCCUCGCUUUGGUGGGCUUGGUAUCUGCUGAGGAUGUCCUGUACAGCAAGCGACUGAAUAAGCGAUUCGUCGAUGAUGAUGGACACUAUAACAUGUCGUUCUUCCACGUCAACGACGUUCACGCCCAUCUCGACGAAUUCGCAAAGUCGGGCACUGACUGCGUGGAUCCCAAGAAGGGCUGCUUUGGUGGUUACGCGCGCAUAAAGCACACAGUCGAUGGGCUUCGAAAAGAUCACCCUGAUAACCUCUGGCUCAACGCAGGCGAUGAGUUCCAAGGCACGCUGUUCUACUCAUUCUACGGACCGUCCAAGAUUGCUGAGAACCUCAACACCCUGAAGUUCGAUGCCAUGACGCUUGGUAACCAUGAGUGGGAUGGCGGUGAUGAGGAGCUCGGCGAGUUUCUCCAGAACCUGACGUUCCCCGUCGUCUCAUGCAAUGUAAAGAGUGAAUAUGAGGGGCUGAACAAGACGAUCAAGAAUUACCAGAUCUUCAAGGAGCAUGAUCUGGCCGUUAUCGGUGUCACCACUGACACCACGCCUGGAAUCUCGAGUGUCGGAAACAAGACUACCUUCCUUGACCCCAUCACUGAAGUGCAAAAGUCUAUCUGGGAGAUUCGAAACAAGACUGACAUCAACCGCAUUGUCGCUCUCACCCACAUUGGCUACGAUGUCGACAAGGAGCUUGCUGCAAAGACCGAGGGUCUGUCCCUCAUCAUCGGCGGUCACAGCCACACUCUUCUCGGCGACAUGGAAAAGGCAGAGGGCGAUUAUCCCACGAUAGUCAAGGACAUCAACGGAGACGAAGUCUUUAUUGUCACUGCCUACCGAUGGGGUGAAUAUCUCGGCUCCAUCGAUCUGACCUUUGACAAGGACGGCAAAGCCCUCGAGUACCACGGCGCUCCUAUCCAUCUCACCAACCAGACCGAGAUGGAUAAGGCUCUCAACAAGACUAUUAAAGGGUGGCGCGGUCCUUUUGAGAAGUUCGCUGCUGAGGUGGUCGGAAACACAAAGGCUGAACUUGAUCAGUCAACGUGUCAAGAGGGAGACUGUCUUCUCGGCCAAGUCAUGGCUGACGCAAUGCUCGAAUACCGUCUUAACCAGAGCCGCAACGACGACGACAAGCCCGCUUUUGCCUUCAUCAACGCCGGUGGAGUUCGCGCCACCAUCGACGAGGGAAACAUUACUCGCGGUGAAGUUCUCACUUCGUUCCCCUUCGGCAACGCAAUCGUGGAGCUCACUUUCACUGGCGCUGAGCUCAAGGAAGUCUUCGAGGGUGCAGUAACCGGCGUUAACCAAAAGAACAAGAAGGAAAUCACAUCAUGGUUCCAGGUUUCCAAGGGCCUCAAGAUCGAGUAUAACCCCGACAACAAGAACGGCUCCAAGCUCGUCAACGCAACCCUCAACGGUGAAGCUUUCGAGGAUAAGACAAAGUACCGCGUCGUCACGCUUGAUUUCCUUGCUGGAGGGGGUGAUAACUUCUUCAGCAUCGAUGCUAAGAACCUGGCUACUCUUGAUUCGCAGGAUGAGGUUCUGAUUGGGUACCUUGAUGCGCAUAACCCUCUUGACCCCAAGCUGGAGGAGCGUGUUGUUGAGACGAAUGCGACGAGCAGUGAGGAUGCUGAGCAGGGUGAGGCGAAGGGUAAGGGCGGAAGCGCAGGAGGAGAUGGUAAUGCGGCUAGUGGUGUUCACGCCUCGAUCUUGAGUGCUGUGUUCGGUGUCGCGAUGGUUCUGUUCAUGAUGUAAAUGGUAGAAAUGCAUUUUGUAUAUAUAGAUGACUUACAGUGGACUAAUCAAUAGUCUUGCAGUAAUUUGUUCCAACC